CUCCUCGCUAUCUCAACAACUAUAACUCUCAAGAAUCCACCAAACACGCCACUACACAAAAUGUCUAAAGCCACAACCCUUUUCAUUGUAGCCCUCCUCCUCUUCUCUCUCUGCUCAGCCUCUCGUCCCACGCCCACUGCUCACGACAAGGUGGAAGCCAAGAAUGAGGUUAAGGUAGAAGCAGGCCAAGCGGAAGAGAACUGCCAGGGAAUUGGUGAAGAUGAGUGCUUGAUGAGAAGAACCCUCGCUGCUCACCUUGAUUACAUUUACACCCAACACCACAAGCCAUAAAAAUAUCAGGAAUUAUAAUUUUUUUUCUUAAUAUAUUGUAGUGAGCUGUAAGAUUUUAGCAUCUUCAUGCUUCGAAGCUGCACUAAGAACCUGGUCUUGUCUUAAUUUUUUUUUUGGGGGGGGAGGGGGGAGGGGGCUGUUACUGAUAUUGAUCAAAAUUCCUACUUGAAAUCAUAGGUAUGAAUGUAAAAAAAGUUUUAUAGUUUAUUUGGGUUCUUGUUUCCUUGUACAUGUUUUGUUUGUCUUGGUUGAGUUAUCAUUCUCCAUCA